AUGGUUGCUGCAAUAGUUAUAUUUCAGGUAAGUAAGGGAUUGUUCACACUAUGUUAAUUCGAAAAUUGUAAAAUCGACGCUGUUCAAAAGAUUCUUAACCGAAGUUUCGGCAAUACUGCUUUCUUCAGGGUUCAAGACUAAAUACCGUUAAAAACGUGGAAAGGAAAGUUUCUUUAUAAACGUUUUCCACAGCGAGUCAAGGAAAGAACCAAUUUAAGUUCUCCUGUCCCACUUGACACGCACUGUCCAAUUACUCAGGGCUACAAAUCCUGGCUAUUGAAUUCAGAAACUAAUAUUUGCGUUUUAUUAAAAAUUUAAUUUUCAAAUAUGAGCAAUCCACAAGUUUAGGCGUGUUUUAGCAGUCAUGCGUGCUUAUUGGCCCCGUGGAAGUAAGAAAGUACAGCCGGCAAGCGUUUUGCCUGUAAGCCUUAAGAGAGGCCGUCGACGUUUUCCCCGAUUGGCGACGCUAAUGAAUCCUUUUUCGGACUCUUCAAUUUGUUUUGUACCAGCUGAUUCCAAAAAAAUAAUAAUAAUCGUGGAUUCUCCAAAUCAAUGCUUAAAUUAGCUUUGCUAAUCUCCAGUCAGACUGGAGAAUUUGGUUAUCAAUAGUGACGACUGUAGAACUCAUAAGAUGCACAUUCUCUUUAAGCUCCUUGUGAGUUUUGUGGGUCCAUUUGCUGUCUGCGAGAAGACUUUGACCAAGACGUACUGUAGUAAUGACAGCUGCAAGGAUUUUUUGGGUGUGAUUUUUGGUAUGUUAAUAGCAUAGGAAGUUCGUUUAAAGUCAAUAUAGAAAUAAAAAGGGUGGCACUCUGUGGAACUUGUAGGAAAGUUGUUUAUAGUCAAACGAUGUCUAAUGAAUUAGAGUGAUUUGACUUAACCAGUGAAAUAUAUAGUAGACUAAUACGAAGCAUUCAAUUCUAAUUUUAUUGUUUUCUUUUGUUUACUUGCAACUAUUUGGCACUAACUGAUGCAUACUGUUUCACAGGUUAAGUAAAAUCUCUCUACCAUCCGCUAUUUUCAUUCCCCCGUUUAUUAUGGUUAUACUCUCUACCUGUCUUUCUCUCCGCUGAGAGUGGUACCUAAUAUGUUUGGGCCUAGAACUUUUUUAAAAUACUUUUUCUACAACCGCCCGUUAAAAGUUGUAUGUAACUUUUUGCCUUUGUUUUUUGUUUAAAUAGUUAUUUUCCAUUCAGUUUUAAUUUGGACCAUGGUAGAAUCGGAAAAGAGGAAUACAAAAGGGUUGUACGUUCAAAUUAGAUUUUCUCACUCGCCGAUAACUGAACUUUCCUGGAUCUCUGCUUUCACAGGCAGCUUGCAAACCGCCUAUAUUUUUUCCUGGUUUAUAUCCGCCAUAUUGCUUCUACACUUUAUGAAGUGUCAUCGGUAAGUCUUUAUGUAGUUGAUUUGGUCGAGCCAAGGGAGAUUAAUGGGAAGGGAGGCGAUCUUAGGGCGUUGGCCAAGGGAUGUGAAUUUCACUUAGGUUUUUUUAGAGUUCCUGAGAUGUCCGCAUAUUUUAAUGGACUAUAUGAAACGUCACCAAGUCCCCGCGCGACUGCCUCCUAAAGCAAACAAUGCAGCAUAUUAGCGACUGUUGAAUUCUCUCUAAUAAAACUGAAUAAGUUAGCGGACUUCUCCUGAAAGGAACCUCUUAUUACAUGUAAUUUCAAGCAUUUAAUUGGUAUAAUUAAGUGAAAUUUACAUAUCCCAAGGGCUUGACUGGACGUUUUCCUCUCUUUCCCAUUAUUUUCUCGUGUUAGAGCUCUUUUCAACUCCUUUUUUUCUCACCCACCCCAAACCAACCCAACCGUCAACACCAUUUUUGUCUCACUCGCUUCCUGUUUUUCAGGAGUCAUGUACUGCAGCUAUAUCAAGGGAACAAAGCCUUUUAUCAACAAGUGGAGGUUUCGCCAACAACACUGGUGGUAAGUAUUUGAUUUCAGAAAAGUAAGGAAUUUAAUUAAGAUAAAGAUAUUUAACAAUUAAAGAAUGAGGCUGAGUAUCUUAUGAAGAAUUAUGGAGAUCGAGGAGGGUGUUAUCCGUCGAGGCCGUAGGCCGAGGCGGAUAAUACCCUCCGAGAUCUCCAUAAUUCUUUAUAUGAUACGAAAGCCGAAUGCAAUAAUUGUUUUAUUAUUCAUUCAAAAUAGUUCCUAGUUCAAAAACAUAAUUAAAACAUGCUUACCUCCAUCGCUGUUAAGUUCAUCUUCGAUAUUGCACGUUUAGGGUUGUUCAGCUCCGCAAAUAUUCUCCAAAUAGCAGGUGUCGCCCUUCGAGUUGUCUUCUUCCUGUUCUUGCCAUGUUUUUAGCUACUAUUUCGUAUAGUUCUUACUCUUGAAACGAGUGAAAUGUCCGCCAUUUUUGUUUUCACAACCAAAACAACUCAACCUCGUCUCCAGGUCUUCUCGGUUAACGGUGAUUUAACCUGCAAGGAAGAUGCACUUUUCACGUCAUCAGUUGAUUAAUCGCAAAAUUCUUCCAAAUUUGGUCAUCAGUAGCUGGUUAUGGUGAAUUAUGCGUGUGCUUUUAGCCAAUCAGAAUCGGGGAAAUGUUUUGAAUGAAUAAUAAUGAGUGUUAAGAUACUUUUUGCAUUUUGCAACACUUUUUGUACUUCGUGAGGAUGUUAUCUUCUGUGUUUUAGUAGUAGUGGUGGUGGUAGUGGUAGUGGUAGUGGUAGUGGUAAUGGUAGUGGUAGUGGUAGUGGUAGUGGUAGUGGUAGUGGUAGUGGUAGUAGUAGUAGUACCCUACUUUUGCUUGGGCACUUUUCCUACCGUGUCGCUCCAAUAGGAACAAGGGAAAAAGGGCAAGGGAAUCCAAGACAGUCUUGGAUUUUGAUUCCAGGUACUGGGUCCAAUCUGUGGAAUUUUGAUACUUGAUUCUACUCGUUAGCGGGAUUCCGGAUUCCUUGAGUUGUAAUCCCGAUUCCAAAGCCCAGGACUCCAGAUUGCACACAAGCAAGAUUUUUCCGAUUACGGAAUCCGGAUUCCCUCGCAAUCACCGUUUUCACCGAGAUCAUAAAUGCACCUUGUGAAAAAAAAAGGAAUAACCAUGGCCUUCGAUUUCUCUUGGAACGACUGUAAUACCCAUGAGAAAUUGGAAACCAUGGUUAUAUAAAAUUUGGGGGUAAACAAGAUGCAUUAUGCCAUGGUCAAUAGGGCGAUACUCUGAGUGCCAGCCCUACGUUGCCCCGUAAUGAUUUUCUGGAAGAGAAGUAUGUAUGGUAGUUUGCAAAUUUUUAACGGUUGUUAAACGUUAUUGCAUUUCACUAGGAAAGAAGUAUUUUAUUUUCUGGAUACCAAGUCGCCUACACAAUAGCUGGUAGGAAAUUUUUUUUUCAGCGCUUUUGGGAAUUUUCGAUAUAAGUUUUUAUUCCCAGGUCUGGUUCUGCAAAGAGAUCUGAAAACACCCUGUGUUAAAGAAUGUAUUUUAUUCAUGAUAAUGAUGCUGAAAGUAACAAUUUCGAUGAUUUUGAUGGUGAUCGCGGUAAUGGUGUCCAUGAUAAUGAUAUGAUAACAUAAUAAUGUCGAUUUAAUGCUAAUGGUGCUGAUACUGGUAAAGGUGAUGAUAAUGAUGGUUGCCUUCAUGACGAUAAUAGGGAGUUUAAGAUACCACAACGGCGACGGCGGCAAAAACGUCGCUUAAAAAGUGACUUCUCGAUCUAUGAAACUUUAACGCAAUUAUCCCAACUCGGUCACUAUCUUUUAUGUAGGCGAACUCUCCCGGAGUCGAGUUCUUAAGAAAAAUAUCCAGGUUUACAAAGAGUAAGAGAGAUUCGUCGUCGUAUGUUCACGUUGUCGAUAAAACGUGAAAUUAGGUCAUUCACGUCGUAGUCGUGCUGCGACCGCAAACAAACUUACAAAAAAGCGUGAUGCACGUGCAGAGUUGUUGUUUUGCUAAUCUUAACCAUUUGCUUUUUGACGUUCUCGUUGCCGUCGCCGUAGUGGCAUCUUAAACUCCCUAUUGACGAUGACAUUGACGAUGAUGGUGACAAUGAUGGUGUUGUUGAGGGCGAUGAUAAUGAUGGUGAUGAUGAUGACGAUUAUGGUGAUGAUGAUGGUGACGAUGGUGGUGACGAUGAUGGUGAUCGUGUGAUAGUAAAGGUGAUUGAAAUUGCCCAACCCUGUUCUUCGUAAAAGAAUAUGUCUACUCCAUAACAAGCUUGAAUAAGCAACAUGAGGACCAACCGGAAGAACGUGGACCGUAUCGUGAGUACAAUUGCAUAAACUAAUUUGAACGCCGAUCGCUGGGUUUCUUUUGAAAUGCAACCAUCAGUAUUGACGCCAUAUUUUUCUUCUUCUCGUCUCGUUUACGCGGAGCCACCCGUAGGUCUAAGCAAUAUCGUUUUAAUACUAUUCAUAUGAAAUUAAUUUUGUUUGACUUGUUUCUAGGUUAUAUGGUCUUGGGGUUAUCUCUAGCGGUUGUGUGCGUCAUUUUGGGGCUAAUUGUGAAGUACUGGAAUGAUAUCAUCGAUCAAGAACAAUUGAAGAAAUUUGUGUUAACUGCGUUGUAAGUCUUUGCGCUGUUUAUUCAUAAUUACGUAUAUAAGGUCAUUACUCUUUCGGUCUCGUAACGUACCAUAUUUUCCCUAACAUGGCCAUCUAGAGUUAGGUCUUGUCGUUUUUGACCCAUUUUCUUUGUCUCUUCAUGUGGCGAACAUCUCUCUGAAACAGGCCGCACCUUGUGACGUUCCCAAAAUGUUCUUUAACCCUUACAUUUCAUAUAUGAAGCUUUAAGAGCAGAGUGCUAAUUACAGCAAAUUUUUUUGGCGGCAAAUAAUUUUGGUUAGUCUUCAUGGCAUUAUUAUGGAUGGCGUCAUUUUACUACACCUAGAAGAAAGUUUUGUUGAUUGUUAUUGUCGAACCACACAGGGGACCCGUAGAUUUCAAUAACCAAGUAAAACGGUAAGGAAUUCUACUAGCUCGGGAAAAUGACCUUCUGUUGAAGACAGCAUUAAGGUACCUCCGAAGUGGUUUGAGGUUCUGUUGCAUGGAACGUAGGUCAAG